CAGUGGUGGUUCUAUUGUAAGUGCUGAGGCAGUAUGGGAUCACGUCACCAUGGCCAACCGGGAGUUGGCGUUUAAAGCAGGAGACGUUAUCAAGGUCCUGGAUGCUUCCAACAAGGACUGGUGGUGGGGUCAGAUCGAUGAUGAAGAAGGAUGGUUUCCCGCCAGCUUCGUGAGGCUAUGGGUAAACCAAGAAGAUGGAGUGGAGGAGGGAACCAGCGAUGUGCAGAAUGGCCACUUGGAUCCAAGCGCCGACUGCCUCUGUCUCGGCAGGACCGUUCAGAACCGAGACCAGAUGAGAGCCAACGUCAUCAAUGAAAUCAUGAGCACGGAGCGCCACUACAUCAAGCACCUCAAGGACAUCUGUGAGGGUUACUUAAAGCAGUGCCGGAAGAGGAGGGAUAUGUUCAGUGAUGAACAGCUAAAGAUCAUCUUUGGUAACAUUGAAGAUAUCUACAGAUUUCAGAUGGGUUUUGUCCGGGACUUGGAGAAACAGUACAACAAUGAGGACCCCCAUCUUAGUGAAAUUGGACCAUGUUUCCUUGAACACCAAGAUGGCUUCUGGAUCUACUCAGAGUACUGUAACAAUCAUUUGGAUGCAUGCAUGGAGCUUUCCAAGCUGAUGAAGGACAGCAGGUACCAGCAUUUCUUCGAAGCGUGCCGCCUGCUGCAGCAGAUGAUCGAUAUCGCCAUCGACGGGAUCCUGCUGACGCCAGUGCAGAAGAUCUGCAAGUACCCCCUGCAGCUGGCAGAGCUCCUCAAGUACACGGCGCAGGAGCACAGUGACUACAGGUAUGUGGCUGCUGCUCUCGCCGUCAUGAGGAACGUGACCCUCCAGAUCAACGAGCGGAAGCGGAGACUGGAGAACAUUGACAAGAUAGCUCAGUGGCAGGCCUCUGUUCUGGACUGGGAGGGAGAUGAUAUCUUGGACCGCAGCUCAGAGCUGAUCUAUACAGGAGAGAUGUCCUGGAUUUACCAGCCUUAUGGACGGAACCAGCAGCGUGUUUUCUUUCUCUUUGAUCACCAGAUGGUUCUCUGCAAGAAGGAUCUGAUACGAAGAGAUAUUCUGUAUUACAAAGGUCGCAUAGACAUGGAUAAAUACGAAGUGGUGGAUAUAGAAGAUGGGAGGGAUGAUGACUUCAAUGUCAGCAUGAAGAAUGCCUUCAAACUUCAUAACAAGGAGACUGAGGAAAUGCACUUAUUCUUUGCCAAGAAACUGGAGGAGAAGUUACGAUGGCUUAGAGCUUUCAGAGAAGAAAGGAAGAUGGUAAAAGAAGAUGAAAAGAUAGGCUUUGAAAUUUCUGAAAAUCAAAAGCGUCAAGCGGCAAUGACAGUAAAGAAAGUCAGUAAGCAAAAAGGUGUGAGCUACUCCAAGUCGGUUCCUCCAGCCUACCCACCACCCCAGGAUCCAUUAAAUCAGGGACAAUACAUGGUGACAGAUGGCAUAUCCCAGUCCCAGGUCUUCGAGUUCACCGAACCCAGACGCAGCCAGGCACCAUUCUGGCAAAACUUCAGCAGAGAGUGAGAAUGAGACAUCCAUAAUUUUUAUGAGAAGAUGCUUCCUAAAUAUUCAGCACUAGGAAAAAAGCAACACCACCGCCACACCAUUAUUUGCAUCAUAAAUCAAGACUCGCUUGAUCUGACAAGGCCCCUUGUUGGACUCCAGCUUCUUUGUUAACUGGAAGGCCAGACCAGACUAGUGCUGCUGGUGCUUGCCGGAGCCGGGCGGCAGGCGAGGCAGCUGCAGGCCUUUGCUCUGGAGGGAAGAGGGGCUUGGCUCUCAGGCAUGGCAUUGGAGAAAGCUCUUCCCCUCCAAAAAUUGCCAAGGUGCUGCAAGAGAUGGAGCGCUAUCGCAAAGAAGAACCAGCACUUGGGUCCCACUUUUAUUGCCCACUGUGGCUUUCCUAAUAGGGAGCAGGGCUGGGCCGCCUCGUGUGUCCGAAAGCGCUGGAAGCAGUGCAGGUGCAAUCAGAUUGGGGUGAUUUUGACUGAGCAUCUGAUACAGAC